GAGCACUCGAGCAGCGGCAGCAGCGGCCUGCUGCACAGUGCACGCACCCGCUUUCUCCCACCCACCACCAUGGCCGCCAUGGCGCAGGCCUACAUGCAGCCCAACAAGGGCACCCUCGUCGCCGGCCAGACGAUCGCCGUCAACAAGUACACCGUCCAGGUCGAGCGCUACCUCAGCCAAGGCGGCUUCGCCCACGUCUAUCUGGUGCGCACGGCGACGCCCGUGAUCAACACGACCCACCAUGUCCUGAAGCGGAUCGCGGUGCCAAAUGAGGGCAUGCUCACGGAGGUUAAGAAGGAGGUCGACAUCAUGAGAAUCCUGAAAGGGCACCCGAACAUUGUAUAUCUGAUCGACGCCGCGUGGCACCGCCUUCCGAAUGGGAUGUACGAAGUCUUCAUCCUCAUGGAAUACUGUGCCGGAGGAGGUAUCAUCGACAUGAUGAACCGUCGGUUGCGCGAGCGACUGACGGAGCCCGAGAUCCUUACGAUCUUCUGCGACGUGUGCGAGGGUCUCGCGGCGAUGCACUCGCUGAAGCCGCCAUUACUUCACCGGGACCUCAAGGUUGAGAACAUCCUGCAGGCCUCCGCGACGCUUUACAAGUUAUGUGACUUUGGGAGUGCUACGCCUGUCCAGAAGGUACCCUCGAAUGUGCAGGAGAUCAGGAUGCUCGAGGCGGACCUCAACCGGCACACAACUCUGCAGUAUCGCGCGCCCGAGAUGGUCGAUGUCUACCUUCGGCGGCCUGUCGACGAGAAGAGCGAUGUAUGGGCGCUCGGCGUGCUUCUCUACAAGCUAUGCUAUUAUACCACGCCGUUCGAGGAACACGGCCCGUUGGCGAUCCUCAACGUGCAAUACAAGAUUCCACCCUAUCCCGUCUACUCACAACAGAUGAAUACGUUGAUCGCGUCGAUGCUGCGUGAACAUGGUGCUCAGCGGCCGACUGUUUUUGAACUGCUGGACCAUGUACACAGGCUGCGCGGCACAAAGUCCCGCUUCACGUAUAACGUCCCGCCGAAGGCACCGCCCUUGUCUCCCACGCGUGCCGCUGCAUCUCCGCUCCAGACACUCUCACCAAAUAUCGUGUCUACGCCAGCGAACCCGCUGGACGACCUCGUGUCGCUCAAGGCACAGCAGGCCUUGUCGACGUCGCCAUCGAAGAACGCAGGCAUCGAAGCACGCGACAAGGUGCUGGAGGCGAUUGCGCCGAUGCGGCGUGGGCGCCCUCCGCCCAUGGCACAGGCACCGUCGAGUCCUAAGAAGGAGCGCGCAUUCGAAAUGGACAUGAAGUUCGGGGCGGACGACGACCGCGUCUGGCGCGGCGUCAAGGGGCACAAGUCUGGGCUGGCGGUGGUGCAUGCACACAGAGACGCUGGGGACGCGUGGGGCAUGGGGCAGAAAGGGGCGCAGGAGCCGUCGAGGGACUCGCGGCCGUCGUUUGAGAAGGGAUUCGGGAACGACUUCAGCUCAGGGUUCGGGAAGACGUUUGGCGACUCGUUCCAGCCUGCGCGGUCUCCUUUGCCGUCGCCCAAGCCUCAGCCGUCACCAAACCCGCAACCAUCGCCUUCUCCGCGCCCGCCAUCGAUGCCAACGGGGCUAAACCGUAACGCUUCUAUACGCAAGGCGCAGGACGCGUUCGACGGACUCGGGCUUGCCUCCCCGCUGCCUCCGCAGACCCUUGGUGAAGCUCGCAUGAGCCGGACAGGCCUCGCGAGCCUUGGGAUGAUGUCGAGCUCGCAAACAUCAGGCCUUGGGACGAACAACACGUCGUUCCGACCGCCAAGCUCCCACUCGCCCGUGCCGUCGCCGUCGCCUCGAACUGCACCAGCCCCGUCAUGGCGGCCGAGUCCGUCAAAGGGAGAUGCGUUAACUGCGGAGGAGCGGUUCCCGUCGCUGGAGGAGCUUGAUCGCGAGUUUGGGUCGCCCUCGCCUGGGACGGCUGCAGAGAGGUUCGCGAUGGCACAUGCACCGACUCAGCCUUCGUCGACGGAGAAGCUCGCGACUGGCUCACGACCACCGUCUCGCGGAGGGUAUCUUCGCUCGGCUGUUGCAGACGCAGCAAUAACAGGUGCUGCUGCGCCCGCCUCGAAUGGCUCUGUGUUCACUAAUGCGAAGCGGAACGUGCACGAGGGUCUCGGUGCGCGCUCGCAAAACGUCACUGGUACAGCAAUGCGCGAGCCUCGAUUUGGUGUUGCACGAGCUCCCUCGCUCUCUCUGCGACCUCCACAAGCGCCUACUGAACCGUCGAGGAGUAGGGAGCAGGACAGGCCACGCUCACCGCAUAAGCCGAAGCACGACGAGGACAGGGAGAAGCCGCAGGACGUCGUCGCCGUUCUCCGGAGCAGGCCCUCUGCUGCCCGGCGGCAUCGGACGACAGGCUCGAAGACACCCUCGCGCAACAACUCUGCCAAUCUCGUCUUGCCCGUCCGCGAAAACGCGCCUUCACUCCCACAACCCGAGCGGAGCCCCCGUACCGAACCGAGGGACUGGCUGACCGGUGCGGACGAGGACGAUGCACCGUCUAAACCAGAGCCGCAGCCUGUCAUGCGCGAGAGCCCGAGCAAACGCGCAAGCUUCAUCGAGCGUAGUCCGAUCCAGCUGGUGAAGCCGCUCGAGGCUGAGGAGGUGCUAGCCAACUACGAGAAACCUACGCGACGCGGGUCCCCCGACAAGCCCACAGCUGCUCGAAAGCCGACAUCUGGCGUUCGGCCCAGUCGGGAGAGGAAGGAGCCCGAGAGGGAAGAGAAACCACGCGAGGAGAGGCCACGUUCGCCGGUGCGGCCGAAGGCGUUCGCUGCGCGGCAGGCGAGUACCAAUUCGAGUGCGGCUGGGAGCGCGAAUACCCGUGUGCUGCAGCUUCCACCUGUUGACACGCGGAGCACGUCGCGAACAGGCACCAUGCCCUCGCCCAACGGCCUCACGGAGAACUGGAGCCCGAUUGCAUCGGCGGCGCUUCUGAAGAGCUCGUCGAGUAGCUCGAGUGAGGAAGGGCCUGAGGAUUUAUCUGGGUAUGGGGCGGCGCGGCAGGUUAAGACGAGGCUGAAGGGUGAUGGGGAGCAGAACACGGAGGACAGGAGAAAGCAGGCUAGGAGCAAGGGCCGACAGAGCUCAGUACAUGACCUGGUCGAUCUCUGGGGAGGUGUCGGCGAGAAGGAGAAAGAACCUGCAGCCAAGAGCGCGACUACUAGUACCACCAGUUCGCGAGUGGCCGACGCAUCUAAGCGUAGGUCGGUCAUCAUGCCUUCGCCUGCUGCGCGCCCGCCACCGCUCGCGAGCAAACCGACGCGCUCAGAGUCCCCACAGCCUCUCGUCGACACUUCCCUUCCAGGCCGACAGUCGAACAUGGCCCCUCCACCAAGUCCGCACAAGAGGCAGCCCUCCGCCGCACCGUCGUCUGGGUCGCGCAUGCAGGCAAUACCAAUGGCCACGGCGUCCUCGAUGCCCCCGCCGAUGUCAGGGCGCUCCCGUCCCCAGUCGAUGUUCAUCACCUCUCCCUCCAAGACUGCGCACUCAUUCCAGCAACCUGGGCCCUCUCCAUCCCCGGCACCCACCACCGCAAGCACCGCCGCGAACGCGCUCUCGCCCCCGCCUAACCCGCGCCCGCGCGCCGGCAGGCGGUCCUCAAUAUCCGAUAUGGUGCAGCACUACGAGGCCAUUACCUCGAAAUCGCCACCAGGACCGGGCCCGAUCUCGCCCACGAAGCCCACGCCGCUCAACGCGAGGAGCAGGUCGUCCGCGGGCGCUGGCGCCGCGCCCGACUCGCUCGCGAGCCCCUCCGCCGCGGCGACGCGCUUCCCGAGGCUCUCCCCGUCGUCCUCGCCCGUCAUGUCCAAGGCGAACCUCGCGGUGCCCGACGACGCGGGGCAGGGCAGGGCGGAGAGGGAUAGCGGCCGGCGGUCGCCCGGGAUGUCUGGCCUGCCGAGCCGCGUGUCCCCCGUCGCGCGCUCGUUUGAGGCGAAUGGCGUGAACGGCCUGCCCGGGAGGCGGUCGCCCCUCCAAGUAGCGCGGGAGACACAGGCGAGGGAGAGGGAGUGGGAGAGGGAGCAGGAACAGCCCGUGGCUGCACCGUCGCCGUCGCCGUUCCCGGUGCGCAAGACGACACUGCCGCCGCUGCAGUUGAGCGCGGGUGUCGAGAGGGACGAGGGGGAGCCGGUGCGCUCGCCGUCGCCGGAGCGGCCGUACCAGGGCGUGUCGAAGCUGAUCGACCGCUGGCAGAAGGCGGUGGACAACUCUGGGGACAGGAAGGGGCCCCCGGUGAAGAAGGCGGGGGUGGCGAGGUAG